AUACAUUCACCAAACCAUAUAGCUACUAACAAAAUAACCUAAGUGGUGUUCUGAUAAAAUGGCUCUUACACUUGAACAUGCAUUCUCUCAUAUACUCAUCCUUUUAGGUUUACUCUCAAUAUUCCUAGUGACCCCUUCCAUUUGUUUUAAUCCAAGGAAGCUUGUUAAUGUUAGCUCAUACUCCUCAUCUGGUUCAGAUUGGUCACCUUCAGUUGCUACUUGGUAUGGAUCUCCCGAUGGUGACGGAAGCGAAGGUGGUGCUUGUGGGUAUAGAAAUGCAGUUGGAGAACCUCCAUUCUCUUCGAUGAUAUCAGCUGGAAGCCCUCUCAUCUAUAACAAAGGCAAAGGCUGUGGUUCUUGUUAUGAGGUGAGGUGCACAGGAAAUUCUGUAUGUUCAGGCAACCCUGUUAAGGUAGUUAUCACUGAUGAGUGUGCUGGGUGUGGGUCAGAUGCUGAAUAUCAUUUUGAUUUGAGUGGUAGUGCUUUUGGUUCCAUGGCAGUUUCUGGUGAAGAUGAAGAGCUACGUAAUGCUGGAAAAAUAGUCAUUGAACACAGAAGAGUUCAAUGCAACUAUGGUGGUAGUACAAUAGCUUUCCACGUGGACUCUGGAUCCAACCAAGAAUAUUUUGCUGCCUUGAUUGAAUAUGAGGAAGGAGAUGGUGAUCUUAACAAAGUUGAACUCAAGGAAGCACUUGACUCAUCCUCAUGGGAUACUAUGCAACAAUCAUGGGGUGCUGUUUGGAAAUUUGAUAAAGGAGCACCACUUAAAGCACCAAUUUCUAUAAGGCUUACCACACUUAAAUCUGGCAAAACUAUUGUGGCACAUAAUGUGAUUCCUGCAGGUUGGAAGCCUGGUCAGACUUAUAGGUCAAUUGUGAAUUUUUAAUGCUAAAAUGUAUGUUUGUUUGGAUUAUGUAUUAGCAUAUAGUGCUAUAUAUUCUACUCAAUCAAGUCACCUAAGUGGACUUUGUAUUGUCUUUAAUUAAUAAUCAAUUAACUGCUUUCAGUUAUAAUGACGGGUGGAGAAACUGUUUAUUAUGUAUGGAUGUUAGGGAGUAGUUCUUUUAUGGUUUCUUCGUUGUGUUCUAUAGCAGCAGAUUCAUAACGUUGUAAUCCUUUUGGAGGGUUCUUUUCAA